CGCGGCAGGGAGCGGGCACCUGCCGGGAUCGGGCCCCUCCCGCCGCUCCGCGCUGAGCCACCGCUCUUUGGGACAAUUCCUGGCACUGCUGUGCUUCGCUUGCUGCGCCUCUCCGCGAUGCUGAAGGCUGCGCUGCGGCUGGUGGCGAGCCCCGGAGCGCUGGGGGCCACCGAGGUGCUGCUGGCGGCCGCGGCGCUGUGCCUGGCGCUGGCGCUGCUGCAGUGGCUGCAGCAGCAGCGGCAGCAGCAGCAGCCCGCGCCCUCGGGGCUGCGGAGGCCGCCGGGCCCGCGGGGGCUGCCCGUGCUGGGGAACGUGCUGGAGCUGCGCAAGGACACGCACCUGGCGCUGACGCGGCUGAGCCGGCGCUACGGGGACGUGAUGGAGGUGCGCAUCGGCAGCCGGCCCGUGCUGGUGCUCAGCGGGCUGGACACCAUCCGGCAAGCGCUGGUCAAGCAAGGAGAGGACUUCAUGGGCCGCCCCGACCUCUACAGCUUCCACUACAUCUCCAACGGGCAGAGCCUGGCGUUCAGCCCCGACUCCGGGGAGGUGUGGAAGGCGCGCAGGAGGCUGGCCCAGAGCGCCCUGAAGAGCUUCUCGGUGGCCCCCAGCCCCAACUCGUCCUGCAGCUGCCUGCUGGAGGAGCACGUGUCGCAGGAGGCCGAGUACCUGGUCAGCAAAUUCCUGCAGGUGAUGGAGCAGGAGAAGAAGUUUGAGCCCCACCGGUACCUGGUGGUGUCGGUGGCCAAUGUCAUCUGUGCCAUGUGCUUCGGCAAGCGCUACGAGCACGAGGAUCAGGAGCUGCUCAGCCUGGUGGACCUGGGCAACGAGUUCGGGGAGGUGGCCGGGGGCGGGCACCCCGCCGACUUCAUCCCCGUGCUGCGGUACCUCCCCAGCCGCACCAUGGAGAUCUUCAAGGACAUCAACCGCCGCUUCAACGCCUUCGUGCAGAAAAUCGUGCAGGAGCACUACAGCAGCUUUGACAAGGAGCACAUCCGGGACAUCACGGACUCGCUGAUCGGGCACUGCCAGGAGAAGAGCGCCGGGGAGGACGGCCACGUCCAGCUCUCCGACGAGAAGAUCAUCCACAUCGUCAACGACCUCUUUGGGGCAGGCUUUGACACCGUGACAACUGCCCUGUCCUGGAGCCUCAUGUACGUGUCCUUGUACCCUGAUAUCCAGAGGAAAAUCCAGGAAGAGAUUGACCAGACCAUCGGGUGGGAGCGGCGCCCGCGGAUGUCGGACCGGGGCAAGCUGCCCUACACCGAAGCUUUUAUCCUGGAGGUGUUCAGGCAUUCCUCCUUCGUGCCCUUCACCAUCCCACACAGCACGACCAAAGCCACGGUGCUGAAUGGUUAUUACAUCCCCAAGGACACCUGUGUGUUCAUCAACCAGUGGCAAGUGAACCACGAUGAGAACCUGUGGGAGGAGCCCUCCGCCUUCAGGCCCGAGCGGUUCCUGGCGCCCUCGGGGUUGGAGGUGAGCAGGACCGAGGCGGAGAAGGUCCUGUCCUUCGGGCUGGGCCGGCGGCGCUGCCUGGGCGAGGCCAUCGGCCGCUGGGAGAUCUUCCUGUUCCUCAGCACGCUGCUGCAGCAGCUGCACUUCAGCCUGCGGCCCGGGGAGCAGGUGGACACCACCCCCCAGUACGGGCUGACCAUGAAGUACAAGAAGUGUGAGGCCUUCCAGAUCCAGCAGCGCUUUCCCGGCAGGAGCUCUCCCUGAGGCUGGCACGGCUCUGCUCUGGCUCCUCUUCCCAUCCCUCCCCUCAGGGAUGCUCCACACACAGAUCCAGCCUGGGCUGGGCAGCUGGGAUGUGGUGCUCCAAAUCUGAAUCAGUCCUCCUCUGGGAGGAUGCUGCCCAGCCUCACCCCAUGGGCUGAAAUCUUUUUUUUCCAGCUCCUUGUGCUGCUGGGAAUGGCACAUCCUGGGUGUACCCACACACCCAAAUCCUUGAAUGUAAACAUGGAGUGAAUUCCUGACUCUUCCUACUGAUUAAAAAAACAAACAAUCCACCAGCAGUGCUGCUCACAAACUGAGAUUUUAAAUCAAUCCCCACCAUGCAGCCUCCUGGAAAAUCUCAAAGGACUGAGAAAAGGAACAGGGACCCUCCUGGCUUUCAGACUAACUCUGUAUUUGCUGCCUUUUUUUUUUAAUAUCAGGGUUUUUUUUUUCUUUAUCAAGCAAUAGGUUUUCACAUCCAGGUUAAGGUGCCUUGUGCUGCUUUCAGCUUUAGCCAGGGGGAGGUGAAGCCUCAUGGCAAAUGGAGCAGCAAUUCCUGCCUGUUUGUGCCUGUUGGGAAUGCAGCCCUGUGCUGGGAUGGAAACCACACCGUAUUUCUAACCCAAUAAAUACUUUUAUGAACGUUU